UAAAAAAAAACUCCUUUCUUCAGACCUAAAUCCCUAGAUCUGAAAAAUAUCUUUCGAACCCUAGUUCUUAACUUAUCACCAUGGACGAAUCCGCCAUCAAAGGUCUGAAAUCGCUGAAAUUGAACGAAAGUGAUGCAAACAGAGGCCCGAUUUCCGUUGAGGGAUAUGCCACUUCCCUUCAUGCGUAUCCACUUCCCUAGGGCCAAAACAUUUCUCUUCAUGUGGAAAAGUAAAACAUAUCUAUGUUCCAAGAGACUAUGAAAGUGGUACCCUCAAGAGAGUUGCCUUCAUGAGGAUUGAAGGAGAAAAUGCCAAUGAGAAAGCAUUGGAACUUAGUGGAACUGACGUGGGAGGAUGGACUGCUAUCGUUAAGGCUGCACCAUGGCAGAAAGAAGUCAUGGAUCCUUGGUGUCCUGCUUCUGCUGCUGCUGCCAGGCCCAAAGAACACAGUGUAAACGUUACUGGAUAUGACACUUCUCUUCCUGAGAUUGAUAUCGAGAUGGCGGUGUGUGAAUUUCUCUCUUCAUGUGGAGAGGUCGCCCGAAUUAUGGUUCUCCCUAGCCAUGCUCGCGUUUCUAUUAUAGGAGAAGGAUGUGUAGACAAGGCGCUACAACUAAGUGGAUGUAACGUGGGCGGAAUAACCCUUGAAGUUAAACCUGUUGUGCUUGUAAAAAUAAACCGCUCCACCGAUAAAACUGGCUAGGAAGCCGCACCAAUGUUACUGACUUUAUGUCCCCAGGUACUUUAAUUUGAUCUUGCUUUCUUGAUUCUUGAUUCUUGGUAAUAAAUUAGAACCUCUCAUUAGUUUAGUUGUUUAUACUUUAUAUUAGGUCAUAAGAAGAAGAUUGAGAUGGAGAAGACGAAGAAGAUGGAGAUGGAGAAGUAGAAGGCUCUCUUUUAGGAGCAGACGAACCUUUUUACUCAAGGAUACAAGAAUAUAGUGUAUUAGAGGAUAUUCUAUAACACCUUUUUUACUCAUCUACCUCUAAAAUGUGUCUCACAAACAGCUAAUAAUGUCUGCUAAAAAGCACAUAAUCUUUGUAAAGCUAACUGAUCAAGAAGAUACAUCAAACAAAUUUUAGAGUACAAGAGCUAUGUACUUUU